CUCUAAAAUGUUACAGAUCCUUUUUUUUCUCUAUCUCGUUUAUAUUGUUAAUUAUAAUAAUAUUUAACCCAUAGGAGUUUUAAGGGUGGGGGUCCCUCGUGCGAUAUUAUUCACGAAAGUAUUUUUUUAAAUUUCAAUAUGUAAUUCAAAAUAUUAAUUAUUAAGUCAGAUUAAUAUAACAUGUAAUACCAUAUUAAUUUAAUGGUAUAAACAAUUAGAUAAUAAUUUAUUUUUAAGUUUAUAAUAUAUUCAAGUGCCAUUGGAUCUCAAUUAUCUAGUGGGGUAGAUCCCUGAAAAAUGUCAGUACCUGUUCUUUCCAAAAAAUUCUACGAAAUUCUAAACACGCCUAUAUGAUUUAAUCCCUCUGUUUCAGCUAAUGACCUCAGUAGUCAAGGACAUUACACUUAUUUUUUUCAUCUUUAUGAUAGGAAGUGAAACCACUACCACAUUUUGAUUUUCAAAUGACAAUACCUAUGUAGUAUAUAAAAAAUCCUAUAAAUAGAUGGAGUUUUAGUUUUGGUGUUGAAAAUUUAACAGCAGUGAUUAUUCGUUGACGAGAUAUUCUAUUUUUAAAGUUUGUCUUUUUGUGAGUAGGGAAUGAGUAGUGGAGUAUCAUUUGUGUGGUGGCAUGGCUUAAAGCUGCUUGUUUCUUAAAUUAUUUAACAAAAAAAGUUAACACCUUCCAAGAUAAUAUGAACAUCUUACGUUACAUUAAUCGUUCUAUAUGUUAUAUAAUAUAAUACCUUAAAAUGUGCGUGUGCUGUAAUAUAAUUGACAUAAAUCCUGUAGGGCCACGAUAAUAAAAGGGAUGAACAUAUCCAGUAUGUCGCGGUAUUUAUAAACCAUGGAAAUUUCCCGGCAUGUAUAAAAGCUUCAAAUUCGACACCAGGCAAGUCUAUGCCUUCUUUCUUUUCUAUAUGGUCGUCCACUGGUUCUAGAGCCGAAAAGAACUCGUUUCGAAUGCUUUCAUAUUCUUCAGCGUGUCGCGGUCUAGCAAAAGCGAAUCCUGUUGUAUAAAAGAUAGGUGAGUACAUAGAUAAACAUAAUUAAAAUCGCAGUGUUAUUAUUUAUAUUAUUAUAUAGGUAAACAUUAAUGAAAAUCGCAUUGUUAUUAUUUAUAUUAUUAAAUAGUUAUGAGCAAAAUAAACUUAGGCAUGUACUACCAAUUAUAACAUAUGUUGGCAACUAAACUUCAAACGUAAACUAAAUAGUUACGCCUACCUUUGCUGAAUCCAAUUUUCAACAAUGGACUCUUUUGGUGGAACAUAAGACAAUCAGAUAUGUCGGUAAAUCCGAAAUUUCGGUAAUCAAAUGCUACUUUAGACACGUGCAUAUUCACCCUAGAUGGUAUUCUUGAACUUCGUCUUGGUGACUUUGGUUGUACAAAAUGGAAACAUGACGCUUGCCACCUAAAAAGUCAAAACAAAUAUCAUUAUAAUAAAAUAAUAACGGUUUUUAAAUUUUUUAAUUCGUAACGUAAAUAGUCGGUCGACCCCAAAUAGUUGGGAUGAAGGCGAAGGAGAAGAAGAAUUCGUAACACAAAUAUUAAACUAAUACAAUAAAUAAUAAUAAAUACAUACCAAACUUGUGGUUCAGAUCUUUUUAGGCGAAUAAUGUACUCAUGAACUUCAGAGAUUGGCGUAAGAUCUGGUUCUGCCAAAUCACAUACAAUAUCACUGUACCGACAUUCUACCAUGUAGAAUGUAUAUAUAAAUAGAAAUCCCACGACACAGUAAGAGUAUGUAAUCCAACUACUGUUUUUUGAUAGACCAUACUAGAAAGAUAUCGAAAUAAUUUUAAAUGCUUUUCAAAUGAUUUUAUAUUUAAGUUAUGUCGCUACAGUUAUACUUAUGUGAGAAGUGACAUGUUAUCACAUUAAAUGUGUUUAGCUUCGGAAUGAACAACAAUCAUCAAGAUAAAUCUGGUAUAGGUAGAUAAAUAUUUUUGAUAUUUAUUAAUUUAUAAAAAUGAUUACCUAGUAAGUUAAUAAUAUUUUCGUAUCUGGGAUAUAUAAUAUGUAUAUUGAGUUAUAUAAGUCCAGUUUUGAAAUAUUGCAAGUUUUUAUGUUUAUUGCCGAUGACAUAAAAAUAUUUUUAAAAAGACGUUGUUGCAGCCACUGUUAAAGAUAAUUAAAUGUAUAUCCGUAAGCAAUGAUAAACCAUUGCUUACAAAAAAACGAUUCUGAACGGAGUUCAGUUGAUAGUGAUGCUUUGUCAACAAUAUAUGUAAUUUUAUAGUAAAAUAAUUAAAUAAGCUCUAUAUAUUUUCUUUAAUAUUAUUUAAUAAUAAUAAUAAUAAUAAUAAUAUUAAUGUUGUACCGAAUUUCUCAAUUUUCCUACGUUUUCCUUGGUUUUCCCAUGUUUUAUUUCUGUUUUUCAAAUUUGCUGGGGAAAUUGUAAAAUGACCUCCCUAAAGUACCUUCCCAGUUAAAUUUUCUUUUAGAAAAAUUUCUAUUAUUAUAAGUUGGAGCAAAAUUACUGAUAAAAAAGUUGUGCACAGAUAAAAAGAAGGCCGUAAUAUAUUUUAACUGAUACAUACAUUUUCCCAUUUUUUCUCCGUAUAUUUUCGGUUGUUCACAUUUGUUAAGAAAACUCCUGAGAAAAUCAAAAAAUGUUUAAAAUUGAAUCAAAAUCUGACGAAAAUCGUAAAUAUUACGGCCUUUCAAAACACUUGCAAUUAAACUCCGUUUUAGUUAGUAUAUGUUUUUUUUUUAAUAGGAACAUUUUGAGCAAAUCCAAAAUACUCCAAGGAAAACAAUUUUAAAAGUAUUUAAAAUAAAUUGGUACCUACCUAUUCGAUUUUAAAUACAAAUAAUUUUGAAAUUAUUUUAAAAAUAUGAAUACUAAACUAAAUAAUUUUCGUUGGUAUAAUUAAAAUACGUACUUGAGUAGGUACUUAAAAAGUAUUAUUUGAAUAUUUGUAUUUAAGUACUUUUACUCAAACGCUUUACAAGUCUGUCGUUUGAAUAUUAAUUAUUAUUUCAGGUUCUUACCUAUUUCAUUUUAUACUUAGUAAGAGGUAGGCUAUCAUUUCACGUUUUUGUAAUGGUAUAAUAGGUCAUAUUUAGUGAGUAUAUUUACGUACAUCUAAUGGAUCCAGAAUUACGUCAAUUAUGAAUGCGACAAUAAUUAUUGUUAGAACAAAACAUUUCCAUGUUUCUCUCCAGCGAAAUGCAUCUUUUAGUGUAGUGUCUUUAAUAGGUUUCUGGAAAUAAAAUAAAUUACAAUUAUUUUUGAAAAAAAAUACGAAUAGGUUUUUAAUUUUACUUAUUUUCCUAUAGAUACAAGUUAAAAUUUUUAACGAACUUGCUGAAUUCGCUUAAAAUAAAUGUUUUUAACCAAUAAGAUGCACUACUAUUUAUAAUUCAGAUAUUAUACAACGUGUACCCAUUACUAAAGUUCAAAACUAUGUUAAUAAAUUAUGGUAACUUAAAAAAUACAAAAUAGGUAUAAUAUAGUAUAUGUACAACUUAAAUUUAAUAAUUAUAGGCAAUAAUAUUUUUUACUGUAUUUCUCAUACCGAUAUUGUCCAUUAUAUUGCAUAUAUCAAUAUCACUGAGUUUAUGCGUUAUAUAUAAAUUUUAAAAUAUGAGUGCAAGAGCGUCUUAAGUUAGGUCAGGGGGUACAGACGAUUCCCCUCUCACUACUAUUAGGGACGCGCGUCUAUAUGAAAGCUUUAAAUAUGAGUAAAUUAGUUGAAUUAUGUUCUAUUAACAGAUCAACGAUUUGUCGAUUUGUGCUUAAUAAAAAGACGAUCGUGAGACGUGGGAUUUUUUGAAACGUACAAAUAUUUGUUUGGAUUUGCAAUUACUUGUUAAUUAAAAAGAAUCGACGACACCAAUAAUUCCGACCCUAUGCGUUAUAGUGAUGGGGGGGGGGAGGCUAAACUCAACGAAAAAUAGCAUUAUAUUCAAUGAAAAACUGUACAGUAAUUCAAUACAACACAAUUCAAUUUAAAAGUAUACAUCUAUUUAGUCUGUACAUCAUCCCACAUCACCAUCCAUUAUUUGUCUGCGUAACGACAGUUUCUAGUGUUAUUAAAUGACACUAUCCAAUAGUAUAAUAUAUACUUACUCUGUACAUCAGCCAAUUGUCAUUUUCCUCCGACUAAUCUAACCUUUGCAUCCCUUCGAAAAAAAUUAUGCUCAUGAUAGGGUCCCCUAUACAUGGGAUUACAUUUUCCCAAAAAUGGUUUUUGGGUACUGUUUUGCGUUAGAGGUUUAUUAAGUAAUAAUUAAAUAUCUAAUGGAAAUUUACCCUCGUUACCAUCGUUAGAUUGUCGUAAUUAUAUAUUGGAGCCAUUUCGUGUAAAUUAUUUCACGUGUCGCAAAGUGUCAAGAAAUGGCAAGACUAGUUAUUUUUAGCAAUAUAAAUGAACAAAGAAGUCAAAAUAUAAAUUGUAUUCAUUUAAUUAAUAAUAAUUUGUAGAUUUAAGAAAUAUCUUAUUAUACUAUUAAUAAGUAUUUAAUUAGGCUGAUAUUUUAAUUAUUUGUUUGUCAUGCAAUGUUUGUGUGUAAUAUGAGUUACUUUUGUGUAACAAUAUUUAUUGAUAUGAUAAUUGUUUUUAUUUUUUAUUUUAAUAAAGUAUAUCCUUGGAUUAACUAAUAAUGUUUCUUUCUGUUACAAAUAAUAUGUAUAAAUACAGUUAAUAAAAAACAAUUAUAAGCUCAACAAACCAGACUUAUAAUAUUCAUUUAAAAUUCUUAAUGUGUAUUUCUAUAGUUAUUAUUUAUAAUUAGUUCAAUUACAUUUGAAUUAACGUAAUCAUUUUCUAUUUCGUAUUGAUACAAUAUCUAGUACGUGAACAAAGUUAUUAUAUUGAAGUUUAAUAAUGUUUUUUUUUUUCAAAUUUAUCAUAAUAGUUUUCAUUGAAUGUAUACAUGAAGUUAGCCCCUGUGCCUUUUCAAUUUGUAUUACCAACGCGAAAAUAAUGUUUUGCACAUUUUAAAACUAAAAUUCUUGUUAAAAUAACUGGCUAAAAUAUGUUAAUGUUGGUUUCAUCGAUUUCUGAUAUGGCGCAGGGUGAGUCAACUUCACGGGGCUGUAUUUAGGUAAAACGAUAUUAAACAAGCACGUAUACGGGGAAUCUGAACGAAACCAUUUUAAGACAGCAGUGAUGUAUAACCCUACGAUAACAACCUAUAAUAAUUAUUAUGCCUAAUAGUCUGCGAGGAUUAUACGAAAUUACCUAUAUUAUAAUAUUAUACAUGGGUACCGGACUAAUGUUUAUUAUUGCCUGCAAUAAACACCAUGUUACUAUACAUUAUCAUUAUUAUCGCCCGUGGGAUACACAUUCCGUAUCUGUUUCAUUAUUAAUAACGCGAGUUAAGCUGCGAAUCACCUAAUAAUAAUGAUAAUAUGAUAUUAUUAUUAUUAUUCUAAUACCUAUAGCCACCCGCGGGAGCUUUGCGGUCAGCAGCGUCUGUACUACGUAUAGGUAAUGUUUUAUCGCGUCGAAAACUAAUCGAUAUUUAAUUUAUUGGGCGAGGGAUGAUGGUGAUGUUAAGCUUAUACGUAUAUAUAUAUAUAUAUCUAUUAUGUAUAAACCUAUCACCGAGAGAGAGGGAGAGAGAAUAGAGGGGGUGGGGUGGGGUGAAGAGGGACCUCCCUUUCUCUGACAGGUGCGGGCGGCUCGCGCGAUACAUGGUACACCCACAAACUUUCGCUAAACUUUCGGCGUACACUGUGACGUAUGUAUGUAUGAGUAUUAACUGUAGCUAAUAAAUUAUAAUAACAACGUAAUAUAAUAAUAAUCUGUAUGUAUAUAGCUAGACGCCAGUACGUAAUAAGUCUAUAUUAUAUGAUAAAUAGUAUACGUGCUUACACAGAAUAAGCGAUAUUAGCGCGAAAAUAAAAAUAAAUGGAAAAAAAAAUAAAAAAAAAAAAAAAAUAGCUACGCAACACAGAAAACGUUUAGAGCGAUAUUAUAUAAUAACAACAGCAUAAUAUAAUACACUUACCGGGGUCAGUCGAUGUUGCUCGGGUAUAAAUGGCAUUAUACCCUGUGUUCUGCGAUAAAUCCGGCGGACAUACCCUGUUGCAGUUACUCGCUUGUACCGCAGCCGAAUGCUGCAGAUACGGACACCGCCUAUACACACUCACGUUUAUCGCACAAUAUUUAUAAAACGAUAAAUACCAAUUGGAAAUUGUACGGCAUGUGGCAUUUGGUUUUUUUUUUUUUUUUUUUUUCUACAAAAAUUCCGAUACCGUCGCUACAUAGACACGGGGACUUGUGAUAUUGUAUAAUAUUAUUAUUACACUUCGGUACGGUUUAGUUUAUGUGUUUGGUGUGCGGGCCGCCGAGCGUUCGCGUCGCGCGGUAGUGCGCAGCAGGCCGCGAGGGGGUGGCUGGCGCGGACACUGCGCGGUGCGACUGAACGGACCGUGCGCGCGAUCGCCAGCUCCGCACGGCGAAGCUCCCGGAGAAACGUUCGCGGCCACGCCCUGUCUACCUCGGCCACGGUUUUAUCGACGGGAAUCUAAAUGUCAAAAAUUGUUUUUAAUUCACUUACGGGUAUAUUAUUAUAAUGGUAUACCGCGUAUCUACCGUUAAUACUUACGCGAUCCCAGCAUUCCCGGGGCACCUGCGGCUACAACUGCAACAGUAUAGUGCCCAGCGUAAUUUAUUGUCGUUGGACACGACAUAAUAAUAUUAUUAGCAUAAUCCAAACAUGCGGAUAUGAUAUUUAUUUUAAAACGUACCCUGACGUACCAUAGACGUGCGCAGGGAAUGGUUGGUUGAAGGGUAUAUCCCACCGUGCGAUUGGGAGAUUGGUUUGAAAAUAUACAACACAAUUAAAUGCGAAUAAAUAAUUUAGGAAUUUAAAUGUAUAUUGUAAUUAUAUUUCAGUCAAGCUACAACUAAUUAUAUCCUACAAGGAAAAGCUUGACUUUUCAAAAAGAAAUUAUCUCCUUUUGGACCCGGCUUUUAAAUUUUCAUUGUUGAGUUAGGUGUACCAGGUGAUUAGUUUAAGUGGGUACACCCAUUAUCUCGAAAAGUAUUAACUUUUUCCGGAAUUUGUUUUCUAAUACAUUUAUGAAACAAGCUGCUCCACAAUUUUAUAUUUGUGUUAUUUUUUUGUCAUCCUUAUUUUUGAGAGUAAAUCAAUUAACUACUUUUGAUUUUUAAAUGACAACCUAUAUUAAAAAUUCCGUAAAUAGAUUGAGAAUACUCAAUCUAUUGGAGUAUCAUUUGUGUGACGGUACAGCGCGCGGCGUGUUAACAAUGCACCACCACCAUUCUCCCCUAACCCAAACUUAAAAGUGGAAUAUCUCUUCAACGGAUUAACGGAAAUCAAAAAUUUUAAGCACCAAAAUUUAUUUUAAUUAAUAAUUCAUCUAUUUAUGGAAUUUUUAAUUUAAAUUGCUAUUUGAAAAUCAAAAGUAGGUAGUGGCUUUACUCCCAAAAAUAAGUGUGACAACAAAUAAUACAAAUAUAAAAUUGUAGAGCAGCUUGAUUCUUAAAUGUUCUAGAAAACAAAUGCCGGAAAAAGUUAAUACUUUCCGGGAUAAUGAGUGGAGUGUACCCACUUUAAUAAAUCACCUGGCAUAGCUGUAUAAUUACAGUGGUGAAUAUAUCCUACUUCUGGAUAGGGGGAUCGAAUUUCAAACCCAUACGAGUAAUAUGGGGUACAAUUUUCUAAAUAUAAAAUAUAUUAUAGUGAAUAAAACCUCAAGGGGAGGAUCUAUUUCUUGACGAUAUCCACCAUUGGUACGGAUACAGAAGAUUCUAUGACAUAUACGUGAUAAUUAUUUUCCAGGUAGGUAGAUACAUUGAUAUUCUUGCAUAAUAAAAUUAUUCUAUUUUCGAAUAUGAGUUUAAAUAUAAUAUAAUCAGUUUUCAUUUGAAAAUCAAAAUUUCAAUAUGUUUAUGUGUUAUAAUUACGUUGAAUUAAGAUGAAAUUAAAAAAUAUAUGAAUAAACUUACUACAACUUUUAUUAUUAAUAAUCACUGGUCCAUGAUAAAAAAAAAUAUGGAGUCAUUUCGAACGAUUGGGGUAGGCCACUGUAGUAGAUGAGAAGUUAGGAAGGUAUAGGAUGGAGAGGGGAAUUUAGAACAUAUCUGUACGAAACAAUUAAUCUUAACUAACGAAAAACGAUUCUGAGCAUAAUUAGAUUAUGUGUAUUAUAUGUUUUAAAAGGCCAUAAUAUUUGUGAUUUUCGUCAAAAUUUAAUACUAAAAUAUUUAUAAAAAAUUGUCUACAUUACACUUAAUUUUAUUGACCACAAAGACCAGCUUAUAAAUGAAUUUCCUGUUAAAUUUUCAAGCAUUUCUACUUGGUCUAACAAUUGUAUUCAUAGUGUACCUACCGAAUAAAAUACACAUAAAAAUCUCGCAAAAUUAAAAUGUCUAUAAAUAGCUCAAAAUGGCUAAAAUAUUUUGAACAUUUUACCACAUCUAGAAAAGGAAAAUAAAAGUUCUUUGUCCAUAUUUCAAGUUUCUAAAAAUAUUUUUUAUUGAACCACAACAAAAAGUAUUUUCCCGUUUUUCCCAUUUUCUAUGAAAACUCUUGAGAAAAUCAAAAAAUGACCGGGAGGGGGACGAAGUCAAAAGUAUAAAUUUACAAGUAAUCGUGGCUUAAAUAUUUAAGCCAUGAAAGUAAUAAAGCAAUUCAUAUUUAAUAUUACUAAAAUAGCAGAGGGGGCAUGGCCCCCAUCGGCACCCCUCUGUGGGUGCCCUUGUGAGUGUAUACCACAAUAAAAUUCGAAAAUGUAAUAUCAUAACAUAGAUAUACAUUUUCGUGUACACCCGCUUAUACACCUUACACUUAUGCGGGACUCAAUUAUUUUGUACACUAGAAAUUUAAAUUGGUAGUUUUGACAAUUUUUUCGGGUUGAACAUGUAAUUUAAACUUUACCUAAGUAUAGAUAGAUACAUAGAUUCUGCCAAAUGCGAAAUGGGUGAAUUUCCCCCCCCCUUAACUUAUUUGGUAAUUUAAAUGUGAAUAAAAUAAAAAUAAAAUGUCUUUUCUGUUUCACUCGAAAGAAUCUACUACCAUACGUCCAUACAAUAAAUAAGUUAAUGUGGGAGAGUUCAACAUUGCUAAACAAAUAUAAAUAAUUGCAUUCUAGCUAAACUAUAAGCAUUUUCAACAGUUGCCAAGUAUGUUGGAUGAAAAUACUUAAGAUGCCAUUACAGCAGAAUUUGCUGUCUCUGUUCUUCAAACGGAAAAUAAAGCAUAACUCUCUAUUCACGUAAAAUAAACUAAAGCAAGACCAUCAAAAUCAGUUAAGAUAAUAAAAAAAUAUAAAUAUUUUUAUAAAAAAAUAUAAAAAUAUUUAUCUUAAAUAAAUAUAUAAUUUAUAUAUAUAUAAAAAUAUUAUACAAAUUACAACAUGAUAUUGACAUGGUAAUACAUGAUCUUCAAUGCAAUAAAAUAUAUAUAUACUUAUAUAUUAAUACUAUCUGUAUUACUCGCGAUUUUGUUCAUUUAUGUAUGUCUGCAGAUCCAGGUUGUUUAGGCGAGCAACCGAGAAAAUCUCGGUGGGCCGCUUAAAGUUUGAGCCGAACGUGAUUUGAGUGUGGGUGAAAAUAAAUUAAUGUUUAAAAAAGCUGUCAUAGGAUAAUUGGGACGGGUGUUGUUGGUGGAAAGUUGGGAGGGUAGGAUACAGAAGGAAAUUUAAUGUAUAUUUGAAAGCAAUGAUAAAACAUUGCUUACGAAAACAACGAUUCUGAGCGGAGUUGAGUUGAUAGUGAUGCUUUGUCAACAAAAUAAAAUAUGGCAUAUAAAAAUACCGCAAAAUAUAUACAUAUUUUUUUAAUAUACCUACAUUUCGUACAUUUCCCGUUUUCCCUCCGUUUUUUUCGGUUUUCUACAUUUGACGAGAAAACUCUAGAGAAAAUCGAAAAAUGACCUCUUUAAAGUAUCUGCCCAACAAGAUUUUCUUUCAAAAAAGGUGCUACAUCUUCGGAGCAAGAUCUCUGGUAGAAAAUGUGUCCACAGAAAAAAAACAUCAUUGUAGAACCAUACGUUUUUACGCUUCACUUAGAAUCUAAUACAAUUAGCCAUCUAUAAACUCGUAACAAUUUUAGACGUAAUUUGGGCCAGUAUAUUUAUAAAUGGGCCACAUAAAAGUGAAAAUCUCGACGGGUACAUACCAUACGAUACAUACCAAUCCGGCCCUGUAUGUCUGUACAGUUUAAUGUGUGCAUACUCUAUACAUUGUAAAUUUUAGUCCAAAUUAGUGCUUCCCGUCUUCAAAAAUUUUGUCUUUCACCCCCUAUUUCACCUAUUUUAGAGGUGGGUAUAAAUUUCAAAAAUCCAUCCUGUGGAUUCAGGGCCAGGGAGAGAAAUUAAGGACACUGAGGACAAAUUAAUUCCUUCCAAUGUCAAAUAUUAAACUUACCACUUAUACCAAGUGACGUCUUUUAAAACGUGAAUAAUAAAAUAAAAGUUUAAGGUAUAUUCAUAAGCAAAAAUUAUAAUAUUUUUACUACCUAGCAUACAAAAUAAUAUAGUUCAAUGUAACCAGGUAUAUAUAUUUACUUGCUCAAGUAGUUCCAUUCAAUUGGCUUUAUAAUUGAAUACUAAUUACUAAGUAUUACAAAGAGUAAGAUUACCUAGUUAACUUAAUAGUUACCUAGGUAUCUACCUAUUAGCUAGGUACCUAGGUAUAUUUUUUUAAUAUAGCAACCUAUAUGUAAUACAAAUUAAUUUGAGUUAGAUACUAUAAUGUUAUAAUUAUAUAAUAUUAUAUUAUAAUGUAAUGGUCGAGUAGGUAUACCAAACUUGAUAAAUACUGCUUAAAAAAAGUUAAUGUGCUAAUUGUUAACUUAAAGUGUUUGAAAAACUUAGUAGGUUGUAAAUAAAAGUAGGGGUAAAAGACAAAAUCCAAAUAAAAAGUCAAUAAUCUUAUUAUUUUUUAUUAAUCUAUUAUGGUCUAGGGUUGUCAAUUCGUUUGCAUUAGAUUUGUAUAGGGACUUCGUUUUAUCCGUAAAUCGUACUAAUAAGUACUAAUAUUAAUUAAAUUUUCAAUAGUCGGUACUAUAAUUUAAUACCUUAGGUACAAUUGUAUAUGAUCUAAAAUAGGUAGGUAAUAUAAUCUAUUAUUUAUAAUCGUGGUUAGUAAAAAGAAUUGCACUUUUUUUAAGGGUAUGUUUUUUAUCACCCAGGGUGAAGUGAUAAAAACGUGGGGGUUAUUUAUCAUCACAUUUGAUCGUGUUUGCUCUUAUCAUAAAUUAAAUAUACACAGAAGUUUAUUAUUUAAUCUAUGUUCUUAUAUGAUGAUCAUAUCAUGGAGUAAUAUUAUUAAGUAGGUAUUUAAUAUUAAGUAUUAAGUAAUAGCAUUAAUUAUAAAUAUUAUAAUUUAUAAGUAUUUAUAAUUAUUGGUAAUAGGUGUUAUUAUUAUAUUAUUACUCUAUGGAUCAUACUGCAAACAGUGCAAACUAUCAUGAUUCACAAACAACACGAUGAUACUGCUUAUCAUAUAGAUAACAAUAAACUUUUUGAUAUGGAGAUAACUUACCGGUUCGCUGACGUUCAUUUGCCACUUGCUAUUUAUAAGUUACAACAAAAAUUACUACUACAUAAUUUGUCUAUGCUCGCCAUUAGUAAGUUUUCCAUUAUCAAUAUUAAAUGAUAAUUUUAAUCUUUUAAGUUCUAAUUUUCUAAAUGAAAAGUGUAAUUAGUAUGUUUGUAGAUAUGUCGGCCGCUGUGAAAAGAAAAUUAAGUGAUGACGUUCCAGCCAUGAAGAAGUUAAGGGUCUCAGCGCCGGAAACUGCAGAGCAACGUGUGCUAGAAAUAAUAAAAAAUUCUGGUAACAAAGGAGUUUCUGACGAAGAUCUAAUUAAGGCAUGUCCUGUGUUAACCAUCGACGAGCGUGUAGAUGUGGUCAAUAAAUUGAUUCAGAAUGAUACUGUUACGCUACAUAAAGUGAAAGGAGAGCUCAAGUACAAGUACAAAGGCCCGACCAUUUCCUCUCCGGGUGACACCAAUACUGAAGAAUUGGUUGUGUUCAAUCUGAUACGUGAUUCAGGGCGCAAAGGCAUAUGGAUUCGAGAUGUACGCAUAAAAUCUAAUCUAGGGCUACCACGUUUGAAAAAGAUUCUCAAGUCACUGGAGACAAAAAAGGCAAUAAAAGCUGUCAAAUCUGUGGCGGCUAGCAGGAAAAUAGUAUAUAUGCUCUUUGAUCUAGAACCAGAUAGCUCUAUCACAGGCGGUGCUUGGUAUUCUAAUCAGGAAUUUGAAUCGGAAUUCAUUGAAAUACUUACUAAACAAAGUUAUAAGUUCUUAGAAGCCAAAAAAUCAAAAUCUCUAAAAAAUACCGCUAUACGUAGCCCAUUGAUUAAGUAUAAUACUUCUUAUGCUACUGCUGACCGAGUUUUAGAAUUCAUAUCAAAAACUGGCAUCAGUAAAGUAAGACUCUCCGUGGAAGACAUAGUAUCUAUAUUAGAUUUAUUAGUAUAUGAUGGGUUAGCAGCAAAACGUGUAAACACUGAAGGAAAAGUUGAAUAUCGUUCUACUAAAUCGCUACUGAAAAGAAAUGCUGUGAGCUUUUUACCUUGUGGUAGCUGUCCAGUUAUUAAACGAUGCUCAGAUAAUAACCAAUUAAAUUGUUUAAACUGUAAGCAUAUGAAAAUUUGGACAACAAUUUAAUACUCUAUUGAUUAACCUUUAUUUUGUUGUAAAUACCUCAAUACCUUGUAAAAGUUGUUACUUAAUUUGUUUUAAAAUUAGUUUAUUAAAAUAAUUAUAUUUUAAUAAAUACUAAAAUCGAUUAAUUUGUUACAGCUUUUGAACAGGAU